CGCUGCAGGAAGUGCUUGAGAGUUCAGGCGAGAGAGCGGCUGGCCGAGAGAGUUCAAGCGGCUUUCCUUCGGGCGCGGCUCACGAGGGAAAUCGGGCCGAGCAACCCCCUUCUUAUUUCCCCCCCCCCUUCAGCCCGGGACUCAGCUGGCGCCUCAGCCGGAGCAGACGGCAGCCCGCGGCGCGGCGCCCACCCCAGCUUGCAAAGAGAGCGCCUCCUUCUGCGAUGCCGACUUUAAUAUCUCUUAAAAGCAGCCGAGAGGCGUCGGUUUGCGUGAAUGGGCGGGAUUGAUGCCCCUUUAAUUAGGGUUUUCCAGCUCGGUCUUCCAAGUGACCGGUGACUUCCCACCCACCCCUUCCCAUCCCCCCCACCCCUAGAAGGCUAAGAACCUACUACGGUUCAAAGAUGUACACGUUUGUGGUGCGAGAUGAAAACAGCAGCAUCUAUGCUGAAGUCUCUAAAAUUCUCCUCUCCACUGGACAAUGGAAGAGGCUCAAAAGAGAUAAUCCCAGAUUCAACCUCAUGUUGGGCGAGAGAAACAGGCUGCCUUUUGGGAGGCUGGGUCAUGAACCUGGACUUACACAGUUGGUGAACUACUACAGAGGAGCUGAUAAACUUUGUCGAAAAGCUUCUUUAGUGAGGUUAAUCAAGACAAGUCCUGAAUUGGUGGAGGGUUGCACGUGGUUUCCAGAAUCCUAUGUGAUUUAUCCAACUAAUUUGAAGACACCAGUAGCUCCAGCUGAGAAUGGGCUUCAACAUCUGAUAAACAACACAAGAACAGAUGAAAGGGAAGUCUUUCUGUCAUCCUAUCAGAAGAGGAAAGAGAGUGGAGAAGGAAAUGUGUGGAUAGCCAAAUCUUCAGCAGGAGCCAAAGGUGAAGGAAUUCUUAUUUCUUCAGAGGCUACUGAACUUCUGGAUUUUAUAGAUAAUCAAGGACAAGUGCAUGUGAUUCAAAAAUACCUGGAGAAGCCCAUGCUCUUAGAACCAGGUCACCGCAAAUUUGAUAUUAGAAGUUGGGUCCUGGUGGAUCACCAGUAUAGCAUCUACCUCUACAGAGAAGGUGUUCUACGGACCUCUUCAGAACCUUACAAUAGUGCUAAUUUCCUGGACAAAACCUGUCAUUUGACCAAUCACUGCAUACAGAAAGAAUAUUCUAAAAACUAUGGGAGAUAUGAAGAAGGGAAUGAAAUGUUUUUUGAAGAGUUUAAUCAGUACUUGGUGAAUACUUUGAACGUUACUUUAGAAAAUACAAUCUUACUGCAAGUCAAAAAUAUAAUAAGGUAUGUAUUUGUCUUUUAUUUUCAUCCUAGCCUAUCCGCAAGAAUCUUUUUUGCACAAUUAUUAUUCAUAUAUUAUCUGAAACUUUAUGCAGAGCUUUGUCAAGGUAUUGUAGACCUAGCCAUCUCUUGCAUCUUUCCUCUGAAUGAUACCAUUCAAAAACAGAAUCAACCAUCUGUAUUUAUAAAGUUGUCAUAAUUAAGAAUAAAAUGAACACACUGGAAUGCGUCCACCUGUUUGGAUCCAGGGAAGACCAAGAAGCACUGAACAUUGCAUCUCCACAUCAUGCCAAAAAGAAGAAGGGAAAAAGUGGCAUAAUUUUUUAAUUUCAGAAGAGGAACAUUUCAGAGGAAAGCCCCAGAUGAACCAAAAAGCUCUCAUCGACUCUAAAUGUUUUAAAGCAUUGUUUCAAUAACAAAUCCUGUAACCGAAGCCUAUCUUUAUGUUUGAGGACAACGUAAUCGUUUUUUUUAAAUGUCAGGGGUAUGAUCAAGUCUUGUCUUUAUCUUUUUCCUUCUAAUUUAAUAAAUUGUUUUAGCAAAUGCAACUAUCAGUAUCCUUGAGAGACUGAAGAUUUUUCCACAAAGAGUUGUGGAUCCUUUCUUUCUUUACUUGCUGCAGUUCUAGUGCCUUAGCUUUGUUCCUAACAACUCUCCUCAUUUGUUUUGUUUGUACCAUGUUGUUUUUAAACUAAAACAAAAAAGAUGCCCUGUUUUGUGUGGUAUGAAGUUUCAUCAAUAUCUUUGCCUUUAUAUAUAUUUAUUUGUGUCUUCAUUUAAAAAAAAGUAUGUUCUUUGCAAAAAAUCAACUGUGGGAGACUACAAAACUGUAUCAUUUUUUUCUUCUGACAAGCUGGCACAAUUGCAAAAUCCUAUUAUAUUCUUGUGGUUUUUUUUUUUAAAAGAACACCUCAUCUCUUUGCUUGUCUUUCUAUCUUAUGAAAAUGUUUCUUAGAUAGUGAAAUGGAAGCUUUUAAAGGGCCUUGAUCCUUUCCUUGUUCCACAGACAUUGGUUGGAUUCAUGCAUUGCGAUGACCAUGAUAUGUGAAUUCAUCCAGUAAGGCAUCCUAAUACAUGGAAUCCAGGCUAUUAUUCAAUGAACCCUGCUUAAAAUCGGGGUUAAGUAAAAUAGUCAUUUUAUCUCAGUUUACAUAGCAUAGCAAAACAAUAGUUUGGUUGUUGAAGUCCACAUUAUUCCAUCUCUGUCAUUUUUGAAUUCGUAUUCCCUUUCUAAUUUGUCCAAUCUGAGUAACCAACCAGCUAAUCACAUCCAUGGUAACCGAGUCCAAAUCAUGACUGAAAAUCCAGUUAAAACCAUGUGCAGAAAGCAAAGUGGUACUAGAGUAGAUCAUAGUUUGAGGAAAGGUCAUUCCUAUCUCCCAAAUAAGUGGCAAGCCAAUUGUUUUAUCCCAGUUCUGCAUUUAUUGCCAGUAUUAAGUAAUCCCAAAAUAAUGCAGUUAGGUUCAGGUAUUGUACUAUGCUACAAUUUGUUGCUACAUCACAAUUGGUUGGUUUGCAUAAACUGAGCCAAAUUAAACAAAUUACAUAAUUGCUUAGCAUGUUUUGUCUCAUUGGAAAAAUGGCAUAUAACAAUGAAUAAAUUGUACCAUGCAUGAACCCAGCCAAAUAUGCAUUAGCAGUUAAGAAGUGAAGACUCUUCACUCAGAACCAGCAGUCUCUCUAUUGCUGUUCUAGAGAAAGAGUACAUAGGAGAAUGGUUGGAUCUAGGGAACUUGCUGUCAGUCCAUAGGAAGAGAAUGGAGUCUGAUCAGAUAUCACUCAUGUCUUCAUUUCAUUGGGCCUCUUCUAAAAUUAGAGCUAACAUGGAUAUGCAAACUUAUAGUCAGCAAGAAUGCAUUCAAUGAAGCAGCAUAACUGAUUUUUAUAACCUAUCACUGUAAAACAUCCUUUCUCAAUAUUAAAAUAGAACUUUCCCAGAGCUAUUUCAUGCCUGACUUCCAUAAAUCAGGCAUUCUCUUAUCAUUAUGAGAAGAGAACUUCUCAUUAUUACUCUGACAGUUUGUAUAUUUACAAAAGGCACUGAAUCCACAGACCCUCUGAUCCUAAAAUUAACACUUUUAUUUUAGUGUGUGAUUUAUUACAUUAAAAAAUUAACUGUCUCCUUGCAAGACUGCUAAUUUCUGUCUUAAGCAAAACAUGUUACUUAGGCCAAGUGCAAUGGGAAAAAAACAUACAAAAACAUUUAAGGCAAGAAUUCUCUUAAUAUUCAAAGAGAUAGGCAAAACAGUUCAGAUUACAUAACUACACUAUCAUGUUUCCUUAGGAAACAUGCGGGUAUCACAAAUAUAGCAAAUAGUGUAAACAGUCUGUAUGAUGUUAGUGCCUUCAGAAUAUUAGCAGAAAAGGAGACACUAACUACAAAUGUAUAUCCUGAACUAAUAUGUACUUAUAAAUAAGUUCAGUUAUUUGAAACUACCUACAGGUACUUGGAUCAUAGCCUUAUGCUGAAAAUUCAGGAAGCCACAACACACUUUGCUAAUAUUUCUUGUUAACAUCGUUAGACAUAUUAUAUACAUACAUUGUCAUUCUAGACACCACUGCAUGUUGCAUGCUAUAAUAUUUUAGGUCAAAGCUGUAGGACAGCUUUAUAAUUUAGGAAGAUGAAAUAAAAUUAGCCGUUUGUCAGUGGACCAAUGAGCAUGAUCUGGCAGAUGUAAACCACCAGUUAAAAGUCUUGCUUCUAUUGAAGUAAAAAAAAAAGGAAAAUUGAUUGAAUAACUAUUGGGGCUUGUUGGAAGACAAUUAUAGCAUUACUCCUAAUUAUUACAUUCAUAAGAUAUCAAUCUUAUUGUAUUCAGACUGACUCAGAUUGGAUGGGAAUUACAAUAUUAUUAUUACUACUAUUGUGUACAUUCAUAGAGUAUAAACUGUAUUGUUCUUGUAUUGACUAACAUAGGCUUAUGCUUAAAAUUUGCAGUCACAUUCUCAAGCAGGCAGAAGAAAUAUAGCUAAACCCAUUAGGAUUUAAAACCAAGGAGAGAUGUUGAAUCAGAAUGGUUAUCUGAUUAAUUAUAAUACUGUAGAGUGGAGAAAAGAGAAUAUGGUCCUGGAUAGAAUUCAUGGAGGGGCCACACAUAAGACAGAUAGAGGUAAGGAAUUGGCAGUGUGGACUUCAACUCCCAAAAUUCCUCUUGAAUAAUAGGCUUUGACUAGCUUGCAAGUAUGUACUCUGAAUAUAAUGAAAUAGUGUUGGCCUAAUAAAAAUUAUGUGAAGUGUUUGCAAAUAUAUAGUAUUCCCUAAGGGAUGGGAAUAUUCAUGAUUUUUGCUUAAGUCGCAGGUUUUUUUUUCAGCUGAGGAUGUUUGCUUUGCUAUGUUUAUUUAACAUUAAAAUAAUUAAGAGAAAGGAGUAUAAGGUAUUUUUGCCACCUUGAAUUAUUUGCUAAAUUAAUAAAAGUGGAAUUAAAAAACCAAACUAGCUAUUUUAAUACCCUAAGUUUUUAUUCAAUGUCCUAAGUUUACUAGGUAAGCUUAGUUUGAGAACUGAUAUCCUGAGGAAUAUCCUUUCAGCUGUUCAGUUCUUAUUUGCAAUUACUAAGUAUUGGCAUCCAGAUGCCCUUAGGAUAUGCCUCGUUUUACAUAGAUGUUGAAAUGUUAGUGUUCAUGCUUCUUUAAAAAAAACAUACUUUUACGUUUAUUGUAACCACAGUGUCAUAUCUGUUUGUCCAUUAAUUAUAAUUUCCCCCUUAUUUUUAUAGUGUUAUUUCAAUGGUGAAAGGGCAGGAUGUAACUGUCAGUAAAACUACUAUGUUUUUUUUAAAUUAUGUAUUAUUUGCAUUCAGUCUUUGCAUAGACAAAACAAAAUUCAGUACAAUGUUAUUUUCCUUUAUAUACAUGUUGUAUAAAUUAAGGCAGCAAGCAAAAAUUGAAGCUAUACAGGAUAACUUUAUGAAAUAAUUCAUAGAUGCAGAAUUUACUUUUAACUUUUGGACUCAAUGUUUAAUACUGUAAGUAUUUGGGAAAGCCUUAUAUAGGAAUAUUAAAAUAGCACACCUGAUUAUUUGAAACAAAAUCUCUUAAAAGGGCUGUAUUCCACCUUAAGCAAUUGUCUGUAUGGCCUUUUCUGAUAUUGGGUAUAUAUUUCACACUAUCUGAUUUGUGUGUCUUUCAUAAUGUGAUGGAAUCAUGCAUGCUAGUAUUAUUAGGCAGUGAAAAUCCUUUGGUCAGUAGAUUUAUUCCAACAGAAUUAGGGAACUGGGGAUCUACAAUUUUUCAAAGCAGUUAAGUAGUAAAGCACUAAACUAUAAAUACUUAUAUACUCAGAACAUUUGUUCCAUGAAGUGAUUGAAGUUUUGUAUACUAGAUAUUGGCAAAAAUAUUAUCUUAAAUAGGAAAGUUUGUUCAAGAAUGAAUAAAUGAAUGAACCUGAUUUGUUUCUAUAGCAAACA